UUAUCCAGUUUGGUUUUGUGUCUCUGUUUGUCGCGUCGUUCCCUCUGGCUCCUCUCUUCGCUCUCCUCAACAACGUGAUCGAGAUCCGCCUCGAUGCCAAGAAGUUUGUCACCGAGCUGCGACGACCGGACGCUGUCCAAGCCAAAGACAUCGGAAUCUGGUACAACAUCCUGAGUGGAAUGGGAAAGUUCUCUGUCAUUAUAAAUGCGUUUGUGAUCUCGUUCACCUCAGACUUCAUUCCCAGGCUGGUGUACCAGUACAUGUACAGUCAGACAGGCACCAUGCACGGCUUCAUAGACCACACCCUCUCUCACUUCAACGUGUCCAACUUCAGACCCGGCAACGCCCCCACCUCCUCAAACCUCCCGGAGACCAUCGUCUGCAGGUAUAAGGACUACAGAGAGCCUCCAUGGUCAGCUGAAGCCUACCAGUUCUCUAAAACCUACUGGGCCGUCCUAGCUGCCAGACUGGCCUUCGUCAUCCUGUUCCAGAACCUGGUGAUGUUCCUGAGCCUGCUGGUUGCCUGGGUGAUCCCAGACGUCCCCAAGAACAUCAGUGAGCAGCUGAAGAGAGAGAAGACUCUGCUGGUGGACGUGUUCCUCCGGGAGGAGAAGGACAAGUUCCACCUCCUCCAGAGCCUCUUCUCCUCCAAGGACCAGCCCAGCCAGGGUCACCCCGACACGGCCCACUUCCGUACUCUACCCCUAGGCCUCUCUCAGGGCCUAGGCCAGCCCCCGGGCGGAGAGGGAGGGGAAUCCCGGGCGAGAUGCAGGGCUGCCAGUUUCAGCCAGUUCACCAGACAGAUGUCCAUGUCCCCUAGCAACAACGCGGCCCGACAGAUGUCCGUGUCCCCUAGCAACGACGCAGCCCGACACACAGCGGUCUGA